UUCCCGGCGUGCCCCGGGAGCGCGGCGGAGCGCGGGGCCCCGCGGUGGAACUUGCCCGGGUGUUUCCUGGCGACGGGGGAAGUGGAGGAGCCGCCGCCGCGGAGAGUGGGAGCCGCGCUUCUCCCCUCCCCGCUCCCGGGCGCCCGAUUUACCAUGAGACCCGCCAUCUUCCCGCUCCUGCCUGACCCUGGCUGCCUCCUGCUCCUCCUGGUGUCUUGGCUUUUUAAUCCAGCAAGAAGUGAAAUAACAAGUCUAGAUAGUGGAAAUAUAGAUGACAUUUUAAACAAUGCAGAUGUUGCUUUAGUUAAUUUUUAUGCUGAUUGGUGCCGCUUCAGCCAAAUGCUGCAUCCUAUUUUUGAGGAAGCUUCUAAUGUAAUCAAAGAAGAAUAUCCAGAUAAGAAUCAAGUGGUGUUUGCUAGAGUAGACUGUGAUCAGCAUUCUGAUAUAGCUCAGAGGUACAGGAUAAGCAAAUACCCAACUCUGAAGCUCUUCCGGAAUGGCAUGAUGAUGAAGAGGGAGUACAGGGGCCAGAGAUCUGUGACAGCAAUAGCAGACUACAUCAGGCAGCAGAAAAGUAACCCUAUUCGGGAGGUCCAGGAUUUGGAAGAAAUCAGUUCUCUUGAUCGCAGCAGAAGAAAUAUUAUUGGGUACUUUGAGCAAAAGGACUCUGAUAAUUACAGAACCUUUGAAAGAGUAGCGAAUAUUUUGCAUGAUGAUUGUGUGUUCCUCUCUGCCUUUGGGGCUAUUUCAAAAGCAGAGAGAUUUAGCGGAGACAAUGUAAUCUACAAGCCACCAGGGGAAAAUGCUCCAGAUAUGGUGUAUUUAGGCUCACUAACCAAUUUUGAUUUGAUUUAUGCAUGGACACAAGAUAAAUGUGUACCACUAGUUCGAGAAAUCACAUUUGAAAAUGGGGAGGAACUGACAGAAGAAGGUCUUCCUUUUCUCAUACUUUUCCACAUGAAAGAUGACUUGGAGAGUUUAGAGAAAUUCCAGCAGGAGGUUGCACGGCAGUUAAUAGGUGAAAAAGGUACAAUAAACUUCCUCCAUGCUGACUGUGACAAAUUCAGGCAUCCACUCCUCCACAUUCAGAAGACUCCAGCUGACUGCCCUGUCAUUGCCAUUGAUAGCUUCAGGCACAUGUAUGUCUUUCCAGACUUCAGUGACUUGUCAAUUCCAGGUAAACUGAAGCAAUUUGUACUAGACUUGCAUUCUGGAAAACUGCAUAGAGAAUUUCAUCAUGGCCCUGAUCCAACUGAUGUAGCACCUGGUCAGCCAAUUCAGGAUUUAGCAAGCAGCCCACCAGAGAGCUCAUUCCAGAAACUGGCACCCAGUGAACAUAGGUACACCUUAUUGAGGGAAAAAGAUGAACUUUAAAAAACUUGAAAUAAUCUUGCAAGCCUUUCAGACAGCAGCAUUGACUUCUGUGUGGUGGAAAUAGUAAACCUAUAUUUUCAUAAUUCUAUGUGUAUUUUUAUUUUGAAUAAACUGAAAAAUAAUUUUUUUCUC